GCAGACUCUUUAUUACACGUGAUGAAAGACAAGCAGAAGGGAGUUUUGACUCUCAGAGUCAAACUUUUCAUGGAUUGUGUACUUGGGGAUAGAAAAAUCUAAUGUGCAAACUAAGCCCUCUUGAUUAAAGCCAUAUUGGUAGACUGUAAGCAGUGUGCCCAAUUUUCAAGAGAAAGCUGCAUUUCAAAAUUUUGAUACAAUUAAUUAGACCUAUUCUUGAAAACUAACAGCUUCCUGGGAUAUUUUAAAAUGCUGCCUAACCUUACUUUUUUUGGAUUUUAGGUAACCGUUUUCACCAGCAAUUCAUUACUUCUCCCCUUGGGAGGAGGCAAUCAGGCAAUGGGUUUUACUAUUGAGACAGAUAUGGCUUUAGGGCGUAUGCAGAUUCAUUCUCCAUCUCACACAAAGAGAAUCCAAUCGAUCUUGGACACUUUGGGACAGCUGUGCACAAAAGGCAGGGUCAGCCAGCACACGUGUACAAAGGCUGAUGCUUCGGGGAUGUACUGAAGGACAUGCACAACGCGCACACUUCACUGGAGCAGCACAAAACAAGGCUCAUCAGACCCUACAGGUUUUGGCCUUGUCGGUGUCAGCAGGUCUAGUUUUUCACCUCGGGCGAGUUCUGCUUAUUGUCUUUCUUUUGAAUGGCAGGAGAUGUCAGCAAAGGAAACAUUCACUGCUUGUUCAUCUCCCUUGCAGCUCUAGUAGCAGAAGUGGACAGCAGGAGAAAUGAGGACCUGCAACUUCUUUUAACCAGUCUGAUGCCCAGCCAAUGCACAAGGCUCUGAGCAAUCCCCUUGGGCGCAAGGAAAUGAUUCACGUUAUGCAGGUGUUCUUCUAUGUGUGUGGAAAACCUCUUUUUCCACAUUUGCAGUAAAAUAGGAGAAAUAUCCCACCUUCGCUCACCCUGAAUCCAGGACCCCUCCUGCAGCAGCAGUUCCGGGCACUGACCACACGGUGGCGCCGCACCCUUAGAAAUGGAGCCCGGCCGUGCCGGGCAAAGGCGCCGGGCGAGAGCGCGGGGCCAGCGCGGGACACACGGCCCCCGCCGCACGGAGCCGUCCCGCCGGGGCGUGGGACGGAUAGCGAGCUCGAGUUCUGCCUGUGUGGCAUUUGCUUAACCAGCUCGCGGUUUUAGAUGUCAACUUUGGGGAGGGUUUUGCGGGGUGACCUCUUUGCUUGCGUGACAGGGUCUCUCUCAGGAACGCAGCAUCACAGAAUCUGUCCUGCUAAUUGUCACUGUCUCUAGGGAUGGAUGUUCCACCACCUCUCUGGGCUGAUGUAGCAGUGCUUACCCACCCUCAUAGUGAUUUUUAUUCCUUUUCUUACACUGUAAUUCCAUCCUGCAACUUGCAACCCCUUCCUCUUUGUCUUUAGCUGUGCAAAAACCCUUAGAAGAGUCUGGGUCCAUCUUCUCUGUAUCACCUGCAGCCACAGUCAAGUGCUGUUGCACUGCUGAGCCCCAGCAAGCUCUUCGUGCGGAGAUCAGGGUCUGGCUCAUCAAUUCUGGAGCUUCACUGAUGUAAAGCUCCUGUCAGUGGCCAGGGUCAGGAUGUCAGUCUCUUUUCUUCAGAGAGCUCCCACCUGAAGGGCUGCAUUUCUCAUUCAGCUUCCCCUCAUAAAUAAAUCACAUCUUAGGCUCAGAACUAUAAAAUUAUUAUUAACAACACACUCUUGCCCCUUGUAGUCCAGCAUUGUGGGUGGCUUCAGUCAGUGUUUUGAUGUAUGCAGACAAGAGGCUCAGGGGGCUGCAUACCGCAAACACUAACCACCCUCUCAGCCAGCAGGAGAGGUCACCGCCAUGGCCAGCCCUUGUUCCCAGUCACGGAGGAGUUUUCAGUUCAAAGAGUACAAUGUUGGGGUUGUGUGGUUUUUUUUUUUUUAAUCUGCGUCAGUAAGUCGGGUUUGGAAGCCUGGUAAUUGCUCAGAGGCCAGGAGCAACUGGAAAAAACGAUACAUAAUGCAACAAGGCAACCACAUUUCUUUGUGAAAUCAAAGCAUUCUCCCAGUGCUGGUGCUGUCAUGAUGGAGGCAGGAAAACCAUUUGAACAGCCAACCACUGCCCCCACACACAUCGCAGAGGAGAACGUGUGAAGCCUGCACGCAUGGCGGUGCAGGGGGUUUGCACGCAGCCUGCUGACUGGCUUCCACAUCUGCUGGCAUCCAAUGCUUCCUCGGGUCACUGCUGAUCGUGAUUGUGCCAAGCAAUUUCACAGAAUCACAAAUCAAUUAGGUUGGAGAAGACCUCUGAGAUCAUGGAGUCCAACCUGUGACCGAACACCACAAUGUCAACCAGACCACGGCACGGACUGCCACGUCCAGUCUCUCCUUAAACACCUCCAGGGACGGUGACUCCACCAGCUCCCAUAACAAUGUCUAAUCACCCUUUCCGUGAAGAAAUUCCUCCUGACGUCCAGCCUGGUGACUAUGUCCUCUUGUUGCCUGGGAGAAGAGACGGAUCCCCACGUGGCUACGGCCUCCUUUCAGGAGGUUGUAGAGAGCGAUCAGGGCACCCCUGAGCCUCCAUUUCUCCGGCCCAACCAAGCCCGCUCCCUCCGUCCCCAUGGCAACGCGGCGGGCGCGGGGGGCGGGGCUCGGGCGGGCGCUUCCGGGCGGCCCCGGCGGUGACGUGACCGGUGGGGGCUGACGGCGCCGCGCGGCCGCUUCCGGGAGUUUGGAAUAAGCAGCUUCAGACAAACCCACUGAACCAAAACAAUGUUUGCAGAUUUGGACUAUGAUAUUGAGGAAGAUAAGCUGGGCAUCCCCACUGUACCUGGGACAGUGACACUGAAGAAAGACUCUCAGAACCUGAUUGGGAUCAGCAUUGGAGGAGGAGCACAGUACUGCCCCUGUCUCUACAUUGUCCAGGUGUUCGAUAACACUCCAGCAGCCUUAGACGGCACCGUAGCAGCCGGGGAUGAAAUCACUGGAGUCAACGGAAAAUCCGUCAAAGGGAAGACCAAAGUGGAGGUGGCCAAGAUGAUACAGAUGGUAAAGGGAGAAGUGACAAUACACUACAACAAGCUUCAGGCUGACCCAAAGCAGGGCAAGUCUUUGGAUAUUGUAUUGAAGAAGGUAAAGCACCGGCUGGUAGAGAACAUGAGCUCGGGGACAGCAGAUGCCCUGGGGUUAAGCCGAGCCAUACUUUGCAAUGAUGGACUAGUGAAGAGAUUAGAGGAGCUGGAGAGGACCGCAGAGUUAUACAAAGGCUUGACAGAGCACACCAAGAGUCUUCUCAGAGCUUUCUUUGAGCUAUCUCAGACACACAGAGCAUUUGGAGAUGUUUUCUCUGUCAUUGGUGUACGGGAACCACAACCAGCUGCCAGUGAAGCCUUUGUGAAAUUUGCUGAUGCCCAUCGCAACAUUGAGAAGUUUGGGAUUCACCUUCUGAAAACAAUUAAGCCGAUGCUUACUGACUUGAAUACCUAUCUGAAUAAAGCCAUUCCUGACACGAGGCUGACUAUCAAAAAAUACCUGGAUGUCAAGUUUGAAUAUUUGUCUUACUGCCUGAAAGUCAAAGAGAUGGAUGAUGAAGAGUACAGCUGCAUUGCUCUGGGUGAGCCUCUCUACCGGGUCAGCACUGGCAACUACGAGUACCGCCUCAUCCUGCGCUGCCGUCAGGAGGCUCGCACGCGCUUUGCCAAGAUGAGGAAGGAUGUGCUAGAGAAAAUAGAGCUCCUGGACCAGAAACAUGUUCAAGACAUCGUGUUCCAGCUCCAGCGUUUUGUCUCCACGAUGUCCAAGUACUACGAUGACUGCUACGCCGUGCUCCGGGACGCGGAUGUCUUUCCCAUCGAGGUGGACCUUGCCCGCACCACUCUCAGCUAUGGACAGAAGGACACGUACACGGAUGGGGCAGAAGAAGAAGGAGAAAGCGAGAGAGAGGGUAGUGGGAGGGAGGAUGCAAAUGGAGAGAAGCUCAUUGAUGAUGCCUGAGUGUGUCAGCAUGGCCAGAGGGAGGACUUUGCAGACUUAUGAAAACAUGUAUUUCACGCGGCCAUUCAUUCUCCAUGAUUUCUCUGUGUGUCCAGCCUGGGAUUCCUCCUCUGCUUUGGGUGGGGUAGCUGGUUGGACUGGGACCAACCUCUGCUUUCCUCUCUUUUCCUUUGCUUGUUUGCCUGGAUAAUUCUUUUUGCCCCUGGAGACUUCUGCUACCCAACCUGGGUACUGAGCUGUGGGGAGGAAAAGCCAUUCCUACACUGCCAUGUGCCCCUGUGCAGGCAGGACUCUGCUGAGCACAUGGGCAGCACCGCUCCUCUCUGGCGCAUGGAAGCUGGUUAAGGGUUUGGAGGUGAUUACAAAUGAUGAGAACAGCUCCCUUCCAUCCUUCCUUUGUGUUAUGGGGAAGUGUUAGCAUCACUGCUUGCUGUCUUCAAGCUCCUUCUGAGGAUCCACCUUAGGACUGUGAUGGAAAUACCCCAGCUUUAAACUAGAAAGGAUACACAAAGCCUUGUGGAGAGAGGAAGAGGCUUUGGGAUUUUUUUAGUGUAAAGAAUGACUAGCGUACUCUCCUCUCUGCACAACUACUUUGUGCUGCCUCUGGGCCAGCCAGUAGCAGUAGCUAUCUUCCCAUUCCCUAGCACAAGGGAAGUUGGAAAGGGAAAGCUGAGGUAAGUGAGAGUGCUUCUUUCCUCCUUCCUUUUCUCUUCCCCUCCCUCCAUCCCUGGGCCAAUCCCAGAUCCAGAUGGCACCUUCUCUGUUAGUGGGCAGCACAACUGCCAGGAGGGGUGGUGUUCUUGGGCCAGGGGUUUUGACUUCUCUGUCCAUUCAAUUUUAGUGGUCAUGGGAGAAGUUAUUUAACUGCAUUAAUUUAUGAUCAAGAUUUUUUUUUUUUUUUUUUUGGAUUUGUGUUUCUCUUUGAUUGUUUUUGGAGCUUCUUCAUCUCUGUGGCUGCCUGGAAAAGAGCCAUCCAUGGUCAAGCUGCUCUGGAGAAUUUAAACAGACUGGUGUAGUGACUAUUGUCUGUAAUAAAGAAAUAUGUGACAUUUCA